AUGAAGAAAAAGAAGGGGAGCAUACUAAUAAUUGGUGUCUAUGUUGAUGAUCUAAUUGUCACCGGAAGUCACAAGGAUGAGAUAAUCAAGUUCAAACAACAAAUGAGCAAGGAGUUUGAAAUGAGUGACCUUGGGAUGCUAACUUACUAUUUAGGCAUCGAGGUUAAUCAACAUAAAAAUGGUCUCACAUUAAGACAAACGAAUUAUGCUAACACCAUCCUAAAGAAGGCUGGGAUGUUUUAUUGUAAUCCUUGCAAGUACCCUAUGGAGUCAAAACUACAAUUGACUAAGGAUGAAGAAGGUGAACUCGUGGAUCCUACCUCAUAUCGAAGCAUCAUAGGAGGGCUAAGAUAUCUUACUCAGACACGACCUGACAUAGCUAAUUCUGUAGGCAUUGUGAGUCGUUUCAUGGAGAAACCAACCAAGCAACAUCAAGUAGCUGUGAAGCACAUACUAAGGUAUGUAAAAGGAACUAUUGACUAUGGUUUAUCAUAUACGAAAGGUGGAAAGAAUUGUGUGAUUGGAUACACUGAUAGUGAUCUAGCAAGAGAUGUUGAAGAUAGAAAAACUAAUAAUGCAAAAUGUCAACGCAUUUGGAUAAGUAGGUUGCUUGGUGUGUUGACCGGAAGAAAACUUGGUCCAUUUGAAUUGAAUGUUGAUAACAAGUUAGCUUUGGAUUUGAUGAAAUAUCCAAAAGCUGGCAUCUUGACCAAGCCUAUGAACAAAGUGAAGUUUGAAGCAAUGCGAAAGUUGCUUGGAGUAAAAGACGCGAUGAUUCCAGAUUAA